UCAUCAUCAUCUGGCAUUGGAGGGUCACUAGUUCUGGUUGGUGGGGGAACCCGGGUAGCUGGCACUUCGGGGAACAACCUACUCGGCAAGACAGGUGCAGCAGGCCUCGGCAGCAGGAGUGUUGUGACUGGAGGUGGAAAUGUUGGGGGAAUAAUUACAAGACUGACAGGCAGGACUGUUAUUGCAGGCAACAUGCCUGUGAGAGAGGCACUGCAGGAAAGGAUCAAUCAGCUCACUUGUCCACGGCCGCCGGAUAACUUGGACCCAACACUAAUCCAUCGAAUUCCUCCUGAAGUUACCCCCUGUGUCCACCUGUUGUGCGAUUCAUUACUAUGAUCUUCCACCCAAAUGUCUCCCGUCAUGGCGACAUUGGCAUCGACUCCAUACAGCACAACUGGUCACUGGCUCUCACCAUCUCGAAAGUCCUUAUCUCAAUUCAGUCACUUCUUACAGACCCCUACACCAAGGUUUGCAUGGAGCCAGAGAUCGGGAGACUGUAUGACUCCAACAAGUGCCAGUUUGAACGUGUGGCUCGCUCAUGGACAUGGCGCUAUGCAAUGCACGACGCUUUCCUUCCCGAGGUCAUGCCAACGCUUUCCCUCAGCCGACCUGCUUCCACAUGUAGUUCGGUCUCGCAGGCUGAACAAGAUGAGGGGAAGGCAACGUCAUGUAGAGCAAAGGUGGAAAAUGAGCCAUGUGUUGCAGCUCCUCCAACAUGAGGUAUAAAGAAGACUUGGCUUUGGACUUCGACAGCCUCAUCAGUUGUGUUGAGUCUCAGUCUUUCUUA